AUUUCAUAUCAUGCGCACUGCUAUUAUAGUUGUAUAAAUACAACCAACACAGUGGCUGGUUACAAUACAAGGCGUGAUUAGAAGAGAAGAACAUCAUGGUAUACUCAGAAUUAGUGAGAACGUUUGAAGAAGUGUUGAGCAUUCAGGAACUCAUAAAGAAACCGCUCACUUCAGUUCCUGAAUGCUAUGUUCAACAACAGUGCCAUAACCAACCCGCACUUUUCCCAGAUGAAACCUUAUCUCAGGAACUCCCAACCAUCAGCCUCAGAAAACUGAUCCAUGGAGAAGAUACGGAACUUGAGCUGCAGAAAUUGGACUCAGCUUGUAGGGAUUGGGGUUUCUUUCAGCUGGUGGAGCAUGGAAUAAGCCCAGCAGUGCUGAAAACACUGAAAGAUGAAGUUGAAGGAUUCUUCAUGCUCCCCUUGGAAGAAAAGAUGAAAUACAAGGUACUACCAGGUGAUGUUGAAGGCUAUGGAGCUGUGAUUAGAUCAGACGAUACAAAACUCGAUUGGGGUGAUAGGUUAUUUUUUAAAACCAACCCUCGUAGUAUCAGAAAACCACAUCUUUUACCGCAGCUCCCUUCGUCGUUCAGGAGUGUGUUAGAGUUAUACAUAAACGAAGUGCAAGAUCUUGGUAUGAGGAUUAUGGGGUUGCUGGGAGAAGCAUUGAAGAUAGAGAAGAGAGAGUUGGAGGUGUUCGAGGAUGGGAUACAGAAUCUUCGGAUGACGUACUACCCUCCAUGCCCUGAACCAGAGUUAGUUAUGGGACUUUCUGCUCAUUCUGAUGCAUCAGGAAUCACCAUUCUUAACCAAAUGAAUGGAGUGAAUGGCCUGCAGAUUAAGAAAGAUGGAGCUUGGAUUCCAGUGAACGUCAUCUCAGAUGCUCUUGUUGUCAACAUUGGAGACAUUCUGGAGAUUAUGAGCAAUGGAGCAUACAAAAGUGUUGAGCACAGGGCAACAGUGAAUUCAGAGAAGGAAAGGAUUUCCAUAGCUAUGUUCUAUCUCCCGAAGCUUGAGUCUGAGAUUGGACCUGCAGUUAGUCUCACAAACCCAGAAAACCCUCCUCUGUUCAAAACAACUGGAGUGGACAAAUAUGUUGAAGAUUACUUCACUCGUAAGUUGGAUGGAAAGUCCUACUUGGAGCGUAUGAGGAUCUCAGAUCAAAAUCUCUCUAUCUAGGUUAGCUUCUAAUGGCUAACCUAAAAUGUGUUCUCCAACCACUGUGCUUCAAUAAAUAUCAUAUCAUAAUAAAGUUUGGCUCUCUUUCUAGAAAAAUCUCUUUCUGCCAUUUUAUUUUGUACCAUCCAACAAGCCUAACUUUUCGGCUCUCUUCAA